UUCCUCUUGCCUUUUUACCUAAUUUGUUCAGGUCUUUACGAAGGUGGUGUUUGGAAAGUGAGGGUCGAUUUACCUGAAAAAUACCCAUUCAAGUCUCCAUCUAUAGGUAAGCUAUGUACAGCUGCUGUAUUUAUCUUUAGAUUAACCUACUGUCACUGAGAUUUGCAAUCACCUCAUUCCUUUGCACCAACACUUCUUUGCAAAGAGUUGAUGAAAAUUGUGUUGAAGCCCUGGGACCGGAAAAACACAAAUAUUGAUGUGCAGGAUAACUUGUAACAUCUGAAUUUCAGCCCAAUGAAGUCCUGAUAUUGGGUUUUGCAACAGGUCCCUUUCGGAAUGUUUUGUGAGGAAGCUGAAUAUUUUUUUCUUGUACAUGCAGUGGAUGUGAAUUUGAUUCAUGCUGCUCAUAGAUUGUAACUGAUUUUCACACCAUCAUAAAGAGAAUGCACAAAUUUGUAAUCUGUUUUUUUAACAAUGCAGUGUAUUGAAGAAAUAUGGUUUAAUGCAUUUUUAUGUUACCACCUCUAAACUUCUUUAGCACUGUCUUCCAAUACAGCUCACUUUUUUAGUGAUGAUUAUCAUGUUUGAAAAAUAGUACAACUGUCACGUGCAAAAAUGUGAAUUGAAAUUAUUUAAUUUUGUGUUUUCUGUGUUCAAUCCUGAUAAAACUUGACUUUGAUAUAUUUUUUCUUUUACUUUUUUUUAAAGGUUUUAUCAACAAGAUUUUCCAUCCAAACAUAGACGAAGCGUAAGUUUUUCUCUGUCUUUGUUUUAUUGUGUUGCAAACAAAAGUAGUACUUCAAAUAUGCUAGUAAUGAGGUAUUGAUGGUCUGUAACAUCUUCGUAGUUCUGGGACAGUUUGCCUUGAUGUGAUCAACCAAGCUUGGACUGCGUUGUAUGGUUAGUGCUCGUAAAAGAUAACAAGAUUGAAGAAGAAUAAAUCUUUAACAGUGAAACAUCGAUUAAUUUUAAUGAACCUAAGUUAUAUGUCGCAGUGCCGUAGUAAUAGUAAAAUAUACUGAAAAGAACUUUGAUGAUGAAACCUUGUUACAGCGACCAUAUUUUGCCAGUCUCUUGGCCCUUCAUUAUAUUGAGGUUCCACUGUAUUUUAUUUGUGUGUGCUAAUCUGGAAUGCACAACCCUAGAAGCUAGUUUCUUGUUUUGUUUUGAUGUUUGUUUGCUAUUACUAUUUCCGAUGGACCUCAAUACAAGUAAGAGUGUCUCACUGGUUAUCCAAACACCUUAAAGUCUUUUGACGAAUUCGCUAUUUGGAGAUAACAUUGAGACAAUCCAUUUUCUAGUGUUUAUUGUAUGAUUGUACUGAUUGUGAACAGGGAGAAAAAGGGAUCAGUUAAGUAUGUUUAAUGUCCAUGUGGUAAGCAUCCAUUAUGACAUAUUAUUUUCCCUUGAAAUCACCUUCAUUGUCAGUAGCUUCAAGCAAGCUUGAAUGUUCUGCUGUAUAAUAUAUAGAUUGAAGCAUGUUUUUGUGUCAUUGUGGAGUUUAUAUUAAAAAAUCUGAUCAGUAAAUGCAGGAUUUCAUUUCUCAAAUCUUUGGAACCAUAUUUAUUGAUUGCUCUACCUUUUUUGUGACUUGGGCCUACCCAACCAUCACCAAGUGAUUUCUGUUUUUUUUUCCUGUGUCAGAUUUGUCAAACAUCUUUGAGUCUUUUUUACCUCAACUUCUGUCUUACCCUAACCCUGUUGAUCCCUUGAACGGAGAUGCAGCCGCUCUUUACCUUCACAAACCAGAACAGUAUAAAGAAAAAAUAAAAGGUAUGAUUGACUAAUUAGUACACUUGUGGAAAAAGUAUCAGUGAGCCUAUUUAGGGCCUCAUUCUCUCCACAUCCAUUUUUGAAAACCACUGGCCACCUAUCACAACUCAAAAACCUUGCAUGUUUGGUGUACACUGACCAAUGUAGCUUUUAUAGUUCUGUGUUUUUUUCUCUUUAAUUCCUUGAGAACUUACUACUGAGGAUUGUGUGUAUAAAUUUAUUCCUUUCAAAAGGAAGUUAGUAGACAAAAAACUUUGCCACGUUAUGAUAAUGACAAAGAGGUCUGAGUGAAGUUUUGUCAUCAAAGGAUUUUAUCCACAGACAGUGACAGACUGAAAAUUAGAACUACAUUCUUUGUCUUCAUUAUAAUUUGUGAAGUGAAAGGAUUAUGCUAAUAUGGUGACUUCAUUGUUACUAGAAUAUAUUAAGAAAUAUGCAACAGAAGAGGCAUUGAAAGACCAAGAAGAAAUGUCAUCAUCAAGUGAAAGUUCAAUUAGUGACUUUUCAGAAGAUGAAGCUCAAGACAUGGAGCUCUGACAUCAGAGGACUCACUUUUGNUACAUUCUUUGUCUUCAUUAUAAUUUGUAAAGUGAAAGGAUUAUGCUAAUAUGUUGACUUCAUUGUUACUAGAAUAUAUUAAGAAAUAUGCAACAGAAGAGGCAUUGAAAGACCAAGAAGAAAUGUCAUCAUCAAGUGAAAGUUCAAUUAGUGACUUUUCAGAAGAUGAAGCUCAAGACAUGGAGCUCUGA